CUAGAUUCUAUGUCUACCCAGCGGAGCCAGUGAACGCGUCCAGCGUUGGUGAACAUGUCCAGCGCUGGCGAACAGCUGAUUGUGUUUACGUCUGAUGUACACCACUGUGGCGGCGGGCGUAGGUAUCACGAACGGACGUGACGUCAUAUGAAAGGACUCUAUACGGUCGAUCACUUAUCUCUGGGCAUAGUGUUGUUACACCAAAAUUUCAUGUUUUGGUGGGUCUAUGUUGAUUCAAGCAUGGGAUGAACCCAAGCAUGUUAAUAACGACAUAAAUCAUACUAUUAUCUUGUUGGUGUACUGUGGUGACAGCUGUGCCAUAGAACUGGGAACUAAGAUACAGAGGGUUGGAGUUACAAGCAAGAGUUGUUUAACAAACAUGGAGAAUAAUGAAGAUAUCUAUCCAUGUCAACAUUGCAGUAUGGCUUUUUCAAAAGUUUCUUAUUUGAAAGCACAUUUGCAAUACAGACAUGGUCAAGAUACAGCUGUCAAUAGGAGUCUGGAUGCCACUGAUAAUACAAGUCAACUCUCUUCCCAGGUAUCAAACUUUCAACACCAUAUCAUGUGUAUGAAAGAAAAGCCUCACAAAUGUGAAAACUGUGGUAAAUGUUUCAUGAACCAUGCCUCAUUAACAAAACAUCUUAGAGCUCAUACAGGAGAGAAGCCUUAUUAUUGUGGCUAUUGUGGUAAAUGUUUUACAACGGUUUCACAUUUAAAGAGACACUUAAGAAUUCAUACAGGAAAAAAACCUUACAAGUGUGACAAAUGUGGUAAAUGUUACACUCAGGAUGCUAGUUUACAAAUCCACCAAAGAAUUCAUACUGGAGAAAAACCUUAUAAGUGUGAAAAAUGUGGUAAGUGUUUUAAAGAAAGUGGUUCUUUAAUAACACACAAUAGAUCUCAUUCAGGAGAAAAGCCGUAUAAGUGUAUGAAAUGUGGUAAAUGUUUCAUUGUUGAUAGCAAUUUAAGGCAACACUUUAAAACUCAUACAGGAGAAAAGCCUUACAAGUGUGACAAAUGUGGUAAAUGUUUCUCAAGGGAUGGGAAUUUUAAGAGACACUAUAGAAUCCAUACAUGAGAUAAGCCGUACAAGUGUACUGAAUGUGGGAAGAGUUUCAUAGACAGGAAAAGUUUAAAGACACCUUACUUCGGGAUUUACAGAGACACAGUUCUAGAAUUCAUAGUAGAACAAAACCUUAUAAAUGCGACAAAUGUGAUAGAAGUUUCACACUGCUUUCUUAAAGAUACACAAUAUAAUUCAUACAGGAAAAAACCAUAUAUGUGUGAUCAGUGUGGUAAUUGUUUCACCCAGCUUGGUAUUUUAAAGAGGCACCUUAGAGUUCAUACAGGAGAAAAGCCCUACGUGUGUGAUAACUGUGGUAAAAGCUUCAAACAGAUCACACAUUUGAAAAGCCAUCACAGAGUUCAUACAGGAGAAAAGCCUUACAUGUGUAAGACAUGUGGUAAAUGUUUUAGAGUGAGUAAUGGAUUACAGCAACACUUUAGGAUUCAUAUAGGAGAAAAGCCUUACAUGUGUAAGACAUGUGGUAACUGUUUUUCAAGGCUUGGUCACUUGAAGAGACAUCAUAGAAUUCACCUAGGUGUGACCAGUGCAGUACAGGUUUUUAACAGACAACACCAUACAAUUCACACUUGAGAAAAGCCUUAUCAGUGGUAAAUGGUACUUUCAAAGGGUACAUUACAGAACCACCAUACAAUUCACACUUGAGAAAAGCUUUAUUAAAUGUAUCUUUUAAAGUACUAUUUUACAGAACCACCUUAAAAUUCACACAGGAGAAAAGUCUUAUAAGUGGUUAAAUUUUUCUUUCAAAGUACUACUUUACAGAACCACCUUAGAAUUCACAUCCUUACAUGUGUAGGAAAUUUGGUAAAUGUUCUUCAUACAGGAGAAACACCUAAUGUUUGACAAGUGUUUUAAGUUUCAAACAAACCUUUUUUUUUUUAUUAUUCCAAGUUUUACUUUACAAAACUACCUUAGAAUUCAUAAAUGAGAAAAGCCUUUCGAAUGAGGUAAUUGGUGAAUGUUUUGCACCAAGAGUUGUUUGAAAGAAACUGUUUUAACCAUCAAAGAACCUAAUUAUGAAAUUGGUUCUUAGACAUUUCUUUGAGAUGUGCCACACUAUUACUGUCUAUUGAACAGCACUGUUUAAUGGAUGUUCUGUUUUGUUAUUUAUUGUUAAAGUUUGAAUUCUUUUAAUUGAAAUUUUAAUUCUUGUUAUCUCUUAACAUAAAAUUUUUCAGUAUCAAGGAUUUCUUUGAUAUUUUUUUUAAUAGACCCAGCUUGUCUGUAUUUACAAUAUCUCACCAAUUUUGUCACAUUGAUGAAGUUUUAGAUCAAUGCAAAUUUACUGCCUAGAUCUAUAUUCAAAACACUUUUUGCAUUAAAAAAUCUGUUUAGCAUUUUUUAAAUUUAACAUUUAUUUCUUCU